AUGCGUCAGCUGAGUAAGCCUGCUAAGGUUGCAUUAGCGGACAAUCUACCUCUGCGCAUUCCGACCACUCGUGAGUUGGAUGCAAUGAUCUUAUCGUUCACUCAGCGUAUUUCUGAUGAUAGCGUUUAUGUUGCUAUGGAAGCCGAGAAUCUCGACUCUAUGAUGAGAUCUCGCAGUUCUUAUGCUGGUCAAAGCAUAGCUAGAGCCUCAUUCAGUCUCAAACCAGUUAGUAUCAAUGGAGUGAUCGCUGGUAUCACUCAUACUGUUGGUCAAGUUAGAUUUGAUUACAUCGGUAACCUGAAGAAGGUUAACGCAGCAGUUGAUGUUGUUGAUCAGUAG